AUGUUAGAAAAAAAGUUUGCUGACAUUGACAAGAAAUUUGAGAAUGUUUUAAACAAGAACAAGAGGAAGUUGGAAAAUGCUCAGAUAAAACCCAUACAUGAAAAGUUCUUAUUUGCUCAGAAUGGUAUAACAGGUCUAAUCGCACCACCUGGGUCGGGUAAGACUUUCACUUAUCUUAAAAUGGCUGCACAACAACAAGAACUAGAUGAGAAGAACCCAUUCUAUGAGUUAGUUGUUAUUUGUAGUACUUCUGGUCAAUUUGACCAAACCGUCAAUUCGUUCAAAGAUAUUAUAAAGAAGUCUAAGUUAGUAUGUAUAAAAGACUCUGAGUUGUUAGAUUGGAUAAAGAAGUACCAAAGAAGAGUUUUGAAGUACAAUGCUAUAAAUGAGUAUGUCAAUUCGAAGUUUAAAGACCCAAAUGAGGAAAUGCAGAGAAUAUUAGAGAAGAAACACUUCAGAAACAAACAGAAAGAGAUAGAAUACAUUUCGAAGAAAUUGCAAUCUUACGAUUGGAAGACUUACCCUCAUAGAUGUCUUCUUAUCUUAGAUGACUUUGCUUCUCAUCCUUUGUUAAAGAAUAGAGAACAAGACAUGUGUCGAAUUCUUAAGAAGCUCAGACACUUUAACAUCUCAGUUGUCAUUUGUGUACAGACAGCAAAGAGUUUAAGUAAGGAUGUAAAGAGAAUACUUACUGAUAUCAUACUU